CCCUUUGAAGCUCGAGGACGCAUGUUCGCAAAUGAGGAAGACGUCAACUGGCUUGCUUAGUCGACGGAAACAGCUGACCUUUCCAUUCAUUUAAGAAACCACUCGAUAUAAUCGCUCGUCCCGUAGACUAAUAAUUUCUUUUCUCGGUAGACAGGCACGGGUGACGAGCCUCGUGCAUUUGUUUGUAUGUGUCGGUUUUCGAGACUUUGCACGCCCUGUUGAAGAUCUUUAUUCAUCUUUCAGAUUUCAAUCGAAAAUAACAUCUAAGCCACGAUGUCCGGAUGUAGCACAUCCGGUUCGGCUAACCCCACCAUGUCCGACAAAGAGAGGGAAAGAUUAAUGAGAAAGCUGGAAAAGGAGACCGACGAAUUCCUAGCCAGCCGAAAACAAGCAAAAUAUCAAGACGGAUGGAAAGAGCAGUCCUGGGAGAAAGAAAUGGCUGAUCAUCCAUUAUUUGCACAGCAGCUUCCAGAUGGUGCAACUAGAGGAAAUUUACCUCCUUUGUUAGAAGCUUUGCGUCAGGUUAAAUACGACGAGGCGGAAAAUUCGCCGGAAGAACUGGCGAGAAACUAUAAGGAUGACGGGAACCAUCUGUUUAAAGAAAAAAGCUACCGAUUACGGUCAGAUUUACGGAUAGUUACAACUUUAGUGGUAAUGCACGCCUAUGGACGUAAACUGCGUGUAAAGACCACUCGACCUACAAAUUUCCGCAGAGCUGCAGUGGCGAGUUACUCCGAAGGGAUCUAUCAAAAGACUCUAAACCAGGAGCUCAACGCACAACUCCAUCUUAACCGAGCAGCGGCUCAAUACCACCUGGACAAUUUUAACGCGGCCCUUGACGAUUGUAUAUUGGCCCUAAAGUUUAAGCCUAACUACGUUAAAGCCAUGUUGAGAGCUGCGCAAUGUUGUUGGCAACUACGUAAACUGCACGAGUGUAUUAAAUUCUGUGUUCAACUAGAGGAAGCGGAGGGAGCUCAGAGUGUGCCUAGCGCUGCUCUUAAGGAGGCCCGAGAAUUGGUAAACAGAGUCGAGAAGGAGCAAAAACUUCAGGAGAGAAAUCGUCGAAAACGUGAGAAGGAGCUGCGCGAACGGCGCCAAAAAAAUGAGGAGCUUGCUGUUGCAAUCGAGAAGGCUAGGGUUACAUUAGUACCUGCGGCCGAAGAAGGUGAACUACUUCCAAAUUUAACUCCUAGGUUCCCUGCAUUACGAGAUUUCGCCGUUUCGUUGGAGAGCGACGUUAAUGAACCAGGACAGAAAUGCCUUGUCUGGCCGGUAGCCUUGGUCUAUCCUGAGCUUAAGGAGACGGACUUUGUUCAGAAGUGGAGUGAAGGCACGACAUUUUCAGCAAUAUUCGAUGCCAUGUAUCAGGGCCGCCCUGCGGAAAGGCCCGUGAUUGGAGAUGAGGAGAACAACACUGUUAUUGUAUAUGAUCCGGCCAAGCUUCAGGUAUGGUACAAGUCAUCAAAGAACGAUAAACCCGUUGCGGUACGUGAUAAGAGCAGUUUACGCCAAGUACUCGCGCGGAAAGACUGCAUCGUCGAAGAUGGAGUUCCCUCGUUCUGGGUAACGCGCAAGGGCUCCGAGGCCGAGAAGGACCUCCUAAACCGGCAAGGCAUCUAAUGUUAUUAUACAAUUAUAGUUAUAAUUGUUGACCAGCAACGCUUCCGUGAAAACAAAUUAUCGAUGAUGCGCAGUGGAGGAGAUGCAUAUUAUCGUACGUUAUCAUAGAGGCUAUGUCCACUAGGUACAUUACCAACAAAAUAUUCAACUCAGACCGUCAAAACGCUGCUAAUAUUCUGCAGCUCUUCUUCAGCUUUUGCGUGAUAUUGUUGGUAUUGACAUUAUUAAUAUUGAUCGAGCGAAAACAGAAUUAUUAAAUGAAAAUUGAGUAAUGGAUGUUAUAUGGGGUUUGCUUUCAUUACAGUAGUGCCAUCGAGAGCUUUACUGUAUAGGUAGAUGCAAUUAUGCUGUGGCAUAAUGAAUUGAUUGUUGAUGAUACAAUAACGUAACUGCAUACCGUUCUCCCGUGUGGCCCGGGAACCACUGGUAUAAUCACAAUCUGUGUGUGUAUAUAUAUGAGUUGUUACAUCGAUAAUAUUUAUUGCAAAGGCGGAUGCUGGCGGAUGCCAAUUUUGUUGGGAUCCAUCGCACAAAGCACACAUCUUUACUACCGUAUGAUUGUCUGCAGAAAUAGGCUAACUAAUAAACGCCUCAUUGUUGUACGCCAUUAAUCACAAUUGAAGGUUUAUUUGAUUACCUACAAUUGGUUAUUUCUUCUGAAAUAGGUUCACCACGGAAAGUAAAGACAACUCGCUGUGUUUAUAUUCCACAGUUAUAUUCAAAGUAUUCAGUAUAUUUACGUGGACAGUAUAUCCUAUUUUGUGUUAAUCUAACGAUGAUAUAAUUAAGUGUUAAUUGCUAUCUGGCGAAUUCGCCGUUAGUGUUGCGUUGUAUUGUGCUGAUAUAGUCAAUUCAGCUACUUAACUAUUUACGCGAUUUAAUUAACACGAUUUUGAGCUACGAAUUUACUGUGAACGAAAGCUCCAAAACUACUGUAUAAUUGUGUGGUGUUGAUUAAAAAAAACAGAGCGACAAAAUGCAGAGAUCGUGAAGCUUAGCUUAAUCUUGUAUUCCUGUUCUUAUUCAUAAAUAUAUGAAUCUUUCUUCAUUUGUGCGCCUCUUACAAUUAUGUCGUUUCCCAUAAUGUUAAUAGUACAAAUGCGAGAAACGGUGUAAAAAAUGAUACUAUACACAGAUGAGUUAUAAAUAAGUCAUUAGAAAAAAAUGAUAGAUCGCAGUUUCAAUCAUACAGCCAUAGACUCGUCGUAGAAAAUUAGGUAUACCGACUGAAAAAAAAUUGACUCUACAUUUUUUGGAUGAACGAUUAGUUUUACGAAGUGCGUUGUAGCAAUUUAUGUGCAUUAACCUACCUUUUAGAAGGGUCAUGGCGAGCCAUCUGACGCGGCCCUUACAGUAACCAAAAGCCCUGAAGUGCAUAUGACAUUGUAUAUUUGUAAUAAGACCAAUAAUUAUCUAUUGGCCUUUCAUUGAGUCUCAAUUCGCAUGUGUCCCGUUUUAUAUGAAAAUAACUUAUAACUUCUAUGGAGACUAGAAUCGCCCAUCGAAUGUCUUUUUUUAUUGUGGCGAUAGCUUCCGAGCCCACAACUGAGCAAAUUCAUACCCUCCAAGAUACCGGAUCUCUUGCUUCCUCUUAUAUGAAUUGUUUAAUCUAACCCAGAAUUUAGGCAGUAAACAAGCUAGCUAACGCAAUAAUUAUACAUAACAAUGGCUCUCGUCAUUCUAUCAACCCUGAUGCAUUUCGAGGAGAUAUACUAGAUAUUAAGAAAUAGUAAUGUUUGUUGUUACUUAUUCUGUAAUCACGAUUUGGCCGCCAUUGAAAAGCGUUUAAAAACCAUCCUAAAAGCUCGUUUCAAUGCAUACGUAGAUAUUCUUCGUAUUCAUAUAUUCCAUCGACAUACUAUACAUAGAUAAUACAUUUGAAAACAGCAAGAUAGCUUUGGAUUAACACUUUUUGAUUGUCAGGUCAAAAAUUUCCUGAUUGGUACGUUUUCGUUUCUUUUCUGCUUUAAAUAUUCUGAAAAUACAUUAUCCUUGCCGCAAACUGCAUAUAUUUUCAGCCAAGAGAUGAGGCCUACAAUACAAAUGAUCAUAUUUAUUCGCAUUUCGCAUGGCUACUAUGAAGAUGUUGUGACAUCCUAUUAUCUUUUAGCAGGGCUAAAGUCUUCAGGUAGUUGUGCCUAAUCUAACCACUAAGACCAUUACUGCCAUAGGGAUUACUUUACGUUGCGAGUGAUCAAUCCUAGCUACACAGCAAAACUGCUACCGCCAGUCCAUGAAGUUGAAGAGUUAUAGAAAUUCACCAACUUUUAAAGAUAACAGGCAAUCUACAAGUGGCUAAUGUGCAACUAGUUCCAUCGGAACUAUCCCUUAGCUCCUUUUGUUGGCUCCUGCCUUCCUCAUUAAAAAGGGAUGUGUACUCAAAAGCGCCAGGAGCACUUCGCAAAACGGGUAUUCCGCAAGGCCAAUAGCCGAUUUUCCCAGGAAACUUGCUUCCAAUUGGCAAUAUAGAUAUACUUAACAAGCUUUUUUUUUACUGACAAGUGGAUUUUGGGAAGUUUAUCAUGGCUAACCAUAGUCUUUCCAUUGACCUGACCAGAAUGGGCGUUCAUGUGAUUGUUGCCCUCACCAAUUGUCGUUGACACACUGACAGUAAAUAUAUUGGGUAAGAUAAUCGGUAAAUAGAAGGCCUGUAGAAGUUGUUUGUGGCGCAGCCUCGAUGGAAAUGACAUUGUUAUUAUUAAUUUGUCGUCAUUUAAUAUCUAUAAAGUAGUAUAUCAUACGUCCCCUCUGGGUUCUUUUACUGUCUGUGAGACAAAAAAAUAGGAUAUGGAGCUGUUUGUCGACUUUAAGUUAUGGUUAGUGGCAAUUAGCUUAUUCUGUCUAUCAAAGCUACCUGAAUAUAUAUACCGGUGUAUAUAAUAACAUGCUGUUAUCUUUAUGCAGGACUAUAAAGAGAAGUUCCGUACUUUCAAUGGGAUGUUCCUAUUGUAACUAGUAUUUGAAAAUGAUCACUAUACAAAAGUAUAACGAUAUAAGCCGCCCGCUAAGUUGGUUUCCUAGCGCGCAUGUAAUUGCUUCGAAGGCAAAAACAUGCUUCCUUUAUUUCAUCAUGCAUAGAUACGGUAUAAGGAUAAACGCUAAUUGCUUCAUUCGACUCGCAUAGUUCUGCCUCUGAACACGCGCUCUUUAGCUUCUGAAACAUUGAUUUAUGCUAAUAUUUGGCCAGUGCCGCAGUGCUUCGUAGCUGUGUUUAUGAAACUAUUAGGAUGUCUCAAAUCUGUUUGCUUUACUUAGCAUUUUUUGAUAUGUACACAUUCGAAAAGCUGAAGCAGCCCAAGCAUCGAUAUGGGUGCAUUGAAAUAUAGCACAGCACACAUAAACGUGCGAGAUAUGUCAGCAGUAAAAUUAAAUUGUGUUAACUUUGACGGUCAGAAACGCCAGAAUCUGUUUCGUACAGAUAACAUAACCUACAUUUUAUUUUGGCUAAUUAUAAAUGUAGCAUUACCCAUUACCGCAGGACUACACUAACAGAUCCGAAAAUGUCUUGAUACAUCAACAAAUACGCGGUCCGAAAAAAAUGGCUGAAUAUCAUAUGUUCGUUUAUCUAGUUUACUAGUACCUACUAUUACUUGUCUAACUCUUCUUUAUACAUUGUUGGUCUGGGACGGUGCAUUUUGCCGCCUAGAUUGCUUUUCUGAGACAUGUCUGCACCUCAACAGCGGCAGUUUUAAGGUAACCGUCAAUUAGUUUGGUCUAACCUGUCAACGACGCCGCGCUGAUGAUGUAGUUUAGACGAUGAUCCUGUACCUCAGAUGCAAAGCGUCUCAUUUGGCUUAACUGUACUAUGACUAGCAGAGAAAAUGCUGUACUUUAUCGCUCUGUAAUCAAUAAAAAACACAUAAUUAAAUACUUAAUUGAACGAUGUUCCUAUUUCGACAUUAGAUAAAUAGAUUUCGAAUGAUAUCAUCAGCGGUUCUACUGGCAUAGUGUAAACAAUGAAAUAGACAUACAUUUGACGUUAGAAGCAAUAGAAGACUGCACGACGAUACUCCAUUAUUCAAUUCAUUUCGAGUUUACUUCAAACAAACUACUAAAACACCUCUUAGAUUUGUGCUGUUUUCAUUUGCGCACUGGAAAGUUGCUUGCCGAUAAUACAUACUGCAAUACUCCCCCUAGGACAAGAAGCGCUUCGAAGGUUUUGAUCAUUUGAGAUUCUGAACUUAACACAGACCUGUAGCCGCAGACAGGAAAGAUACAGUUACCGUAUUGGCCCCAGACAGAUCUGUUAGCGUCGGGGAAUCAUAUCUCAUCCUGCUUCACCCGCUGCUAGUUUCCAUAGAGCUCUGAGUCGUGACUCGAAUGUAGUGAUGACUCCGCCGCCGCCGACAGCCAUGUCUUAGUAAUGCUUUAAAAAAAAAACACAGGCUAACUUAGGCCAAGUGAAUACGUGUAGACAUGAACUGAUGUGGCCGGCCGGCGAUAAAACGUCACAGAUUUUGACGUACUUGUUCAUAAAUUUGGAUCGUAUAUAAUCGCUGUGUAGGCAAAUGUAGGCUUCUUAGGCCAAGAUCUUCGUGAGGUAACGCUUUCUUGCACGAAGCUUGUGAUCUUGUUGGCUCCGCAAAAAAAUUAUUAUUUCGAUCAAGUUCGCUUCGGGCGUUUUGGCGUUUCUGAAAAAAUGCUUCGCGCAGAAGCGCUACGCUGUCGACAGUUUCAAACUAUUAAAAGAUCGCCUGGGUACACAUAAGUGAAAUUAUUCGCACCUAUUUAUUAGGCCGUGCCUAAAAUACACUUGUAGUAUAUAGGCAAUGCUACGAUAUAUUUCGCUCGUAUUAAAAAGCCUGAAGAACGCACAUUUAUUUACCUAUAAAAGGACCGGUGAUGUCAAUAUGUUUGUUACGCCGACGAAACUACUUCAGUCGCGAGACAAAGUUCUCAGUCGACGGAGCUGUUACUUUCAUCACUUCCCGAGACCAAAAACAAUGGACCAACAACAAUCUAAAGAAAAGCGUGUUUGCCGAAACCAUUGAAGUGACACGAUAUCACUAGUUCUGUUUAGUUCAACGUACCUUAGCUAAAUGAAAACAAAGUAUAUCGGUCGUUAUUGAGGUCCAGACCUUAAAGGUUCGGCAAGAAACUAGGUGAAGAUAAUAAGAUGAAGAAUAAGAAAUACGGUGAAGAUACAGGCGCUUUAAUUACCACUAGAACCAUUUACCUUAAAGCUAGAAUGGACUUCAGUGAUCGAACACAUGGAUUGCUAAUUAACACAUAAUAAAAUAUGUUUAUAUCCAAAAAUCAAUUUGUAAUUUUAGAGCUAUCAAUUUUACAUUCAACUUGACGCCUGUAAAAAGCAAAGAAGAGAAAAGGUAUAGAAUAUACCAAUAAGAUACCACAUUAUGUGUUACAACCCAUUUGUAUUAUGGCAACCAAUAAAUAAAGUUUAAUACAGUAUAAGAAGAAUAAACAAACCAUAUGAAAUUGUCAAUUAUGUUUUAAUCGAAGACAAUUUCCUGAAUUGUGUUUCUAUUACGAUGACUUUUCGAGAUCGUUUGUUUGUAAAGCUGUCCGAAAGCCGAAGUACACGUGUAUUAUUCCCCAAGAAAAUUCAUUUGACUGUUUUAA